GCAGGAAAGCCAAAGGGGGUACUACGUCUGAUGCCUUGAAGUGUGACCCAAACAAAGUUAGGCGGCUCAGUUUGAGCGAGCAACAGCUUGCCAAAGCUGUAGUUAAUCAUGGCACUGAAAUAGUGAGGUUUACACAGAGGAAUCUACUGAGGAUAUACCCAAAGGGCACUCGGGUUACUUCUUCCAACUACAAUCCAUUUAUUGGUUGGGUGCAUGGUGCUCAGAUGGUAGCCUUCAAUAUGCAGGGAUAUGGAAGAGCCCUUUGGUUAAUGCAUGGAUUUUAUAAAGCCAAUGGUGGCUGUGGCUACGUGAAGAAACCGGAUUUCUUGAUGCAGUCUGAGCCGGAAGUUUUUGAUCCAAAAAAGCCUCAACCUGUUAAGAAGACCUUGAAGGUAAAAGUGUACAUGGGUGAUGGUUGGCGGAUGGACUUCAAGCAGACACACUUUAAAUGUUUCACCUGGAUCCCGUCAACAGCGUUGCUGCGGCCUAGUGGAUAG